AUGACUGAAGUACUAACUGUCGCUAUAUGCCUUUUCAACCAAGUCGUUGCGCUUGACUAUCAAGGACCUGUCGAGUUCUUCGGGUUCCUCGGUCCUGAUAAUCCAUUGCGAUCUUACAUAGACUCUCCCAUAUCCAUGCGCUUGAUAUUCCUGUCGCACAACCUCGAUCCUGUUAUCCCCGGAUCCGGACCUGCUGUCCUCCCACAGGCGACUUAUAAUGAUGCUCUAGCGUCAAAGAUUCAGUACGAUAUCCUGUUGGUUCCUGGAGGGGCGGAAGCUCGCCCGGAGACAGUCCAUGCAGACCUCUUGAAGUUCCUGAAGCAGCAAAUUCCUGGAGCUCGUUAUGUCCUGACCGUUUGUACUGGAUCGUGGGUCCUUGCUGGUACAGGCGCUCUUGAUGGAAAGCGAGCUACGACAAAUAAAUUCUUAUUCAGGUCUUGUAAGGCUGCCACGAGCGACAAAAUUGAAUGGGUAGUCAAAGCCCGGUGGGUUGUUGACGGAAAGAUAUGGACAGCUUCCGGUAUUGCUGCAGGCGCGGACAUGGCUAAUGCCUUCCUUGUUCAUCUUGUUGGAAAGGACGUCGCGGAAAGGAUUCGUGGCAUUGUCGAGCUGUCCGCUAAGGCUCAGGAUGAAGAUGAAUUCGCAGGCGUCUACGGCUUGUUGGAUGAAACGUCUUGAAUAAUGUUGUAAGGAAUAUCUGUAAAAUAAUUAUAUAUUUAAAUGUAGUAUAAAGAACAACAAAGAGACGGGAA